GCAAAAAUAUCUUGCAUGCCAGCGGCGGUCGCUUAACUUUUUAUUAACGUUCAGCUUGAAAUCGAUAACAAUAGCGCUGUCUCUCUUAAUAACGGGAUGUAAAGUAUCUUGUGUAUAUAUCUGACGUGAAGUGAAACGCCUGCUGUCGUUCUCUAUAUAAAUAUAUGUGUCACUGCUUACUGAAUAUCUUUCAGCGUUAACCUCUAUCUUUAGCUAGCAAGCUAACCCACCUAGUGUUCUGGUUCUUUAAUCAGAGAUUGACAGAUUGAUAGCCAAUCACGUAGGGCUCUGGAAUUAGGCCGGGGUUCAACAGCCAAUGAGGGCUUCUCCAGAACCAUGACCCGCCUGUUUAUCAAGGUAGUGAGACGUUUAGGUAUGUUGGUGCCGUAACCUCUCUGGAGUAUUUAGCUGUUUGCUAAUCCAGACCCGCCAACAUCUGAGAUUAACAGCCAGUCUGGGAGGUGAACACGCUACACAUCAGUGAAUUCUGCGGAUGCCAUCAAGAGGCAUAGAAGCACACCCUGCUCUAGCUCAAUGAGUAAUGAACCCUUUCUGGAGCAUGUCGACGAACGCCGGUCGUAAGAGAUCUGACAGCGAGGAGCAGGGCGGUGCGGGAGAGCCCAGGAUCAGCCCUGCCCGUCAUCCCUUUGGCAAGAAGCAGCUGCCCUCCAUCCCCAAGAACGCGCUCCCCAUCACGAAGCCGUCCUCGCCUGCGUCCGCCGCCCAGGCUGCCAACGGCACGCACGCCUCCUACGGACCUUUCUACCUGGAGUACUCGCUUCUCGCCGAGUUUACGCUGGUGAUAAAGCAGAAACUCCCAGGCAUCUAUGUCCAGCCCUCCUACAGAUCAGCUCUCAUGUGGUUUGGCGUGAUUUUCAUCCGACACGGCUUGUACCAGGACGGCGUUUUUAAGUUCACCGUCUACAUUCCGGACAACUACCCCGAUGGAGACUGUCCUCGGGUGGUGUUUGAUAUCCCCAUCUUUCACCCCCUGGUGAACCCCGUUUCUGGAGAGCUGGAUGUGAAGAGGGCAUUCACCAAGUGGAGGCGGAAUCAUAACCACAUCUGGCAGGUGCUAAUGUAUGCACGCACGGUCUUCUACAAGAUUAACACCAUGGAACCGCUCAACCCAGAGGCUGCCGUUCUAUACGACAAGGACAUUCAACUCUUCAAGAGUAAAGUGGUAGAUGGCGUGAAACUGUGCAACAGCCACCUUUUUGACCAACCCAAGAUGGAUGAUCCUUACGCGAUAAGUUUCUCUCCCUGGAACCCGGCAGUGCACGAGGAGGCAAGAGAGAAGAUGUUCACACACAAAAGAAGGCCUGAGGAUCACCCCAAAGGGCUGCAGGUGUCGGGACUGUCUUGGGUGAAACCAGGAUCCACACAGCCGUUUAGCAAAGACGAAUACCCCCUGCAAACCUGAGGCUGCACUACCACUUGUCGACCGCCAGAGGGGGGUGCUGAGCUACAUCUGUGCUACGUGCACUUGCGUGGCUGAACCCUUCUCUAGAACUGCGAUCUCGAAGCACUUCCAUGGACUAUAUUUACAAACACUUGCUCAGCUUUAGAAACGAAAAAGAAAAUCUCUGAAACAGCUUUAGAUCUCUUAAAGAGGCUUGUGCUUUAGUAUAAACCUAGUAACCAUCCUAAGUGGGGGGGGCAAUGGAAUGAAAUUGCAUAUCGUUGGUUCUCUUUAGAUGACAUUGUGACUUGCACAUACUUUUUGCGUUUUCUUUUUUCUUCAGGUGCAACAGAACACCUCACUAUGUGGAAGGGUUUUUUAAGAAAAGGGUGGUUAUUUGCAGUAAAUUUUAAAGAAUGUUCUGUAAGCAGUUAGGUGUGCAGUGUCAUGGCAUUGUGGUUCAGAACCAUAAUGGUUGUAUUUGCUGUGCGGUUGUGGAGAUUCCAAACCAAUGACCGAUUUGGCUAGGCGACGUUGUAAUUCAAGACUUGAAUCUAUUACACAUCGCCUGUUUUAAGGCUGGAAUAUGGUGUUGGGUGUUGGCCAGACAAGUACUACUCCAACCAAUGUAGAAAACAGUCACUAGAAUCAGUUCAGUAGGAUGCUUGAUCAAGAUUUCUGAUUUGAUUCUUGGAUUAAUUGCCCAGGAGCUGGCCACAGUAAUGUAAUUUGAUUGAGCAGAGAGCUUGCAUCUGUGUUUACUCACAGUUUAGUUGUAGGGUUUUAAAGUUGGCCUUUAAUUUUCACAACCGUGUUUAUAAACAUGUUUAUAUUUUGCAUAUAGUUACGUUGGCUAUUUUCUGUAUGAUCAGUCCUUUUGAUCCUGGUAACUGGUCGUCACUACACGUUUGUGUGUGAAUGGAGGUGUGGCGUGUGUGUGUGUGUGUGUGUGUGGGGGGGGGGGUUCAGUUGUGUAAUGAACUGUAUUGAAUAGUGUUAAUAUAUUGCAGAAUAAGAGGUGUGGUUUUUUUUUUUGGUUUUUUUUUUUUUUAAAAGAUGGUAAGUUGCGCUUGAUUCUUACCCUAGUGUAAUUUUGCUUUAAAUAACUCAUGGAUGAAAGGGGUAAUUAUGUAAAUAUUGACGCUUGUCUGCACGUAAAAGGCCUCUGGUUUAUUUAUAUACAGAUAUAUAUAUAUAAUGGUAUAAGUCUUCAAUUUUAAGGAUUUUAUGUUUUUCUAAUUACACUUGGUUUGCAACAAUAUCCAUUUGGAUGAUCUCUUACACCCCCCCCCCCCAUAUCUCACUGACAUGAAAGUCUGGGCUUUGUAACCAAUGUGAGGUUUUAAAAUGCAAUUACAUUAAACCCAAUAAAUCUGAAACGUCA